AUUUCAAUUUUGUCUGUUGCUUAACGCCACGGCACCACCGUCACAUUUCCUCCCCUCCUUACGUCUCUCUCUCUCUCUCCUCUUUUAAACACCCCCACCCAGAUAUUUCCUCUCUCCGUCUAAUAUUCCAUUUUUAGCGCCCCAUGGAGUCGGAGACAAACUACGCCGGCGCCGUCCGCCACGCGGAGGCGCCGCCGCGAGUGAUCUCCGCCGUCCACCGCACGCUCCAGCUCAUCCACUCGGACGAUCUCAAUUCGAAAGUGCACGCGGCGAAGGAGAUCCGACGCCUCACCAAAACCUCCCACAGGUGUCGCAGACACUUCUCCGCCGCCGUCAAGCCCCUCGUCGGUAUGCUCCGUUCCGAAUCAGCUGAGGCCACCGAGGCCUCCCUCCUUGCCCUCCUCAACCUCGCCGUCAAAGACGAAACAAAUAAGAUUAAUAUUGUAAAUGCUGGUGCCCUAGAACCAAUAAUCAGUUUUCUGCAAUUGGAGAGCUCAACUCUUCAGGAACAUUCAACAGCUGCUCUACUCACAUUGUCUGCUUCCUCUGUCAACAAGCAUAUCAUUGGUGAUUCUGGUGCCAUCCCUCUCCUAGUGGACAUCCUAAGAUACGGGAGCUCACAAGCAAAAGCAGAUGCCGUAAUGACACUUUACAACCUGUCAACACAGGCCAACCUUCUUACCUUAAUUCUUGACGCAAAACCUAUUCCUCCUAUAGUUAACCUGCUUAAAACCUGUAAAAAAUCCUCAAAAACAGCUGAAAAAGGUACUGCCCUCAUAGAAUCAUUAGUGGGGUUUGACGAGGGCAAAAUUGCAUUGACAUCUGAAGAAGGUGGAGUUCUUGCGGUAGUUGAAGUUUUGGAAAGUGGGUCCCUACAGAGUCGGGAGCACGCAGUUGGGACACUUCUAACAAUGUGUCAGAGUGAUAGGUGUAAAUAUAGGGAGCCGAUUCUUAAAGAAGGUGUAAUCCCUGGGCUUCUGGAGCUCACUGUUCAAGGAACACCCAAAUGUAGGUGUAAAGCACAAACUCUCUUGCGGUUAUUAAGAGAGUCUCCUUAUCGAAGGUCUGAGCUUCAACCCGAUACAUUGGAAAACAUAGUUUGUAAUCUUAUUUGUCAUAUGGAAGGUGAGGAUCAAUCUGUGAAAAAAGCAAAGCAGAUGCUAGCCGAUAUGGUGCAAGUUAGCAUGGAACAGAGCUUGAGACAUUUACAACAAAGGGCUCUGGUAUGCACCCCAGCCGAUCUGCCAAUUGCUAGUUGUGCUUCUGAAGUUUCUUUAAAAUAAUGGAGUAGCUGUUUUCGAUACGAAAUUUUCUACAGCAGGUAGAAUUUGAGUGUUAUUGAAGAAUGCCAGUCCAGGACUUGGUGAUGGUACCGGGUGACUGGUGUGUCAAUAAACUGGGAAUUGUAUGUGGUUGAGAUGCCAUAGUUCUCUAGUCUGUUCCUGUAAAUUUAACUGGUUUAUUAAGAGUUGUGGAAUCAGUGGAGGUGUUCUUACUGCUCUCCUUAUCUU